AUGUACAAUAAAAAGUUGAAGCAAAAGUUCAUUAAGAGGACUAAAUUAAAAGAAGACGACCCCUUAGUUGUUGAACAUGUAUUGUCGGAUGAUGAGUGGAUAGCCGCCCCAAGUGAUGGUGAGGAAGAUGACAUUGGAGGUGGCGGGAUAUUAGGGGAGGAAGAUGGCGGGGUAAUUGGAAGUGCUAGAGGUGGCAGGGCUAUUAGAAGACCUAGAGGUGGCGGGACAAUUGGGGAAGGGAGUGGAACUAGGAAAAGGAAAAAUGUUCAAGUGAAUUUGAUUGACGAGGAUGACGGGGAUGAAGUGAAUUUGAUUGACGAUGAUGAGGGUGACCGGUUUGAAAAUGAUGCGAAUGAUCCUGAUUAUUUUAUUUGA